UACCAAGUUUCAAAUUGCUAGCAUAAAUAAUAGAGAAGUUAUAAGGGUGGGUCAGUGGUCAAACUCAACUGAAACCGACUAUAAAAAGAGAAAAAGUAAGUUAUAACUAAAAAGCCAUAUAUGCAGCCAGAUUAAUUAAAGAUCUACAUUAAUUAUCACAAUAAUCACUUUUAGAAUGUUGACAGACAAACACUAGUUGAGUCAUUUUCUGGCGAGAAGUUUUAUCUGAUUGAAGUCAUUGCCUUUAUACUGCAGUACUUGAAGGACCUGUUGAUAGAUCAUCACUGUCGUGGUGCUACACCAUUGAAGACAACAGAUUUUGAUUGGGUCAUUACUGUACCUGCUAUAUGGGAUGCACGAGGAAAAAGGAUGAUGAGAGAAGCUGCUUAUAUGGCUGGUCUCCUAACAGAGUCUAAAAGGAUCAGUGAGUUUACUCCUAUAUCAAGCAGUCCUUUACCAGUACCAGAUGAAGUUAAUCCUGACAAGCUGUCACUAGCAUUAGAGCCUGAAGCAGCAGCUCUUUAUAGCCAGGAAACAGUAGCAGAACAGAUCAAAGGUCAGCCAUCAGCAGCAGCUAUUAGUCAUCCUACAGAGUAUUUGGUAAUUGAUGCUGGAGGAGGUACAAUAGAUAUUACUGCUCACGUUGAAGUGGAUGGAGCUAUUGUAGUCCAGAAUGUACCUAUUGGUAAUGCAUGGGGUGGUACACAGGUCAAUGAAGAGUUCUCUAAACUACUUCAAAAAAUUGUUAAUGAUCCUGGCUUUGAAAAAUUUAUUGCUUCAGGAGAAUACACAAAAAAUCAAGCUACACUAAAUAAAAUUGUCUACAAUGAAUUUGAAAAGCAAAAGGUGCUUUUUGGCCAAGGAAAAAUGGAAGAAAUUGCAGUAGAACUUCCAAUUAACUCUGUCAAAUUCUAUGAGGAAGCUCUUGCUGAAGGAGUGAAAAAAAUGAGUGGUGUAGAAUAUGAGGACGAUACUCUUUACAUCAAUAAAAGUGUUACAGAGUCUAAGCUGUUUGGUCCAGUUAUCCAAGGCAUUAUUGAUUGCACACUAUCAGCUAUUGACAAAAUUGACAACUGCCCCAACACAUUUUACCUGGCCGGUGCUUUUGGAGGGUGCAAAUACGUUCAUGAAAAGGUCAGUCCUGCUAUAAAGAGGUACUAUCAGUCUAAAGGUCACACUGACACAUGCUCUGUAUUAGUACCUCCUACUCCUCAUUUAGCUGUUGCCACUGGAGCUGUUAUGUGGCGUAAGAAUCCUGAGAAAUUCAAAGCAAGACGAGUUGAUGCAACUUAUGGAAUAGGAAGUGCAACUACAUUUGAUCCUAAAAAACACGAUGAAGCUCAUAAGUAUUACAGUGAAGACCAUAAAAAAGACCGAUGUAAUCACAUCUUCAGAAUAUUUCUAGAGAAAGGGGAAUUAGCUAAAGCUGAUGAAGUUGUCACUACAACCUUAACUCCAUCUCGUGAGGAUAAAACAAUAAUGUACAUCCGAAUCUAUUCAACACCUCAGCUUGGAAUUCAGUAUAUCAAAGAUGAGAAUAAGAAACUAAUUGUUACUAUAAUUGGUGAACUUGUCCUUGAUGUUCCUAAUCCUGACAACUUGCCUUUAAGGCAGCGUAAAGUUGAUAUCACAAUGGAUUUCAGUGGUACAGAGAUACAAGCAAAAGCUCGCUAUCAUGUGACUGGCAAAGAAGUUAAGACUGUCUGUGAUUUUCUUUCUACUUAAAGUAUUAGACAAAACAAAAGUAGCAUGUUAGAAUUUUAGAAUUAAAUGGCUAUAUAAA